AUGUCUGAACUCACAGAGAACAUACUCUCCGUUUUUGUGGAUUCUUCUCAAAAGAAGGAUUUUUAUGAGAACCGUGGGAAAAAUGCCACGGAGCUAAAUUCAUGUGCUGAUUUAAAACUCAAUGCAGCUGGUAAACAUUCAAACAGCCGCCUGCAAACUAAGACAGCGAAUCGUUUUCACAGUUUAGAGGACUCUUCCCAAGAGGAUAAACUAGAAUCAGCCGGUGGAACAAACGAAACUCAGAUUUCUGAUUUUAAACCCAACGGGGCGUUUUGUGUGGAUGAACUUGUCGGAGUUGACAGCCGUCUGCAGACCGUGCGUCCAAAAGUCUCUACAGAACAAGAUUGCUGUAGCAUCAGAGAUAUAAAGCAAACGCCACAUGCUGAUUUAAGUCCCAGUGCAGCUAUUAGAUAUCUAAAUGAAAUGUAUAGCUGGGCUGACCGCAUGCCGACAGCAGAAACUUUCCACAGUUUAGAGGACUCUUCCCAAGGGGACGAAGACUCAGUCAGUGGAACAAACGAAAAUCCCGUUUCUGCUUUUAAACCCAACGUGUUCUUUAAAUGUGUCGAUGACAUUGGGAAGACUGAAGGCAGUCUGCGGACUGCAAGUCCAGAAGACUAUUAUGGUACCAGUGAAACAAACGCCCCCACGCCAAAGCCAGCAGCUGAUGUUAAACUUAAUGCAGUGAUUAAUUGUUUGAAUGGAGUUUAUAGCAGGUUUAAUAGCAAUCAGCAGCCAAAUCAGAAAGAAAGCCAGGGAGAAAGAUUAGCUAAACACGCAAAACUCCUGGAAGAAGAAAUUCUCAAACUCAGAGAUCGUUGUAACACACAACAGAAACAGAUCCAAGAUCACAAGGAUGAAAAGCAAAAGAUUAAGCGAGAGAAGUCAUCAUUGGAAAAGCAGAAACGCCAGCUUGAAACAGCAAAGUGGAAGGUUGAACAGGAGCGGCGACAAGUGCACAAAGAGAAAGAGACGUUGUGUAACGAAAAAAAUACACUCGAGGACAUCAAGCUACAGCUGAGAGAAGAGACCGAACUCCUGGAAGAAGAGAAAAGAUUAUUUCAAAUUAAAACUAAAGAGUUUAAAAAGAGAAAAGCAGAUGAAACGUUACACGUAGCUUUGGCACGUCUGAGGGAAACGAAAAACCAGCCUGGCACCACGAGAUACCUGGAAAAACCUAAAAUACAGUCAGAGACCAUGGAUCGUCUAGACCAACAUCUGGACUUUUUUGAAGAUUUGAAACAAACAUUAGAGAGAAAGCAAAGCCAAUCUGAAGGAGCAGAAGACUCCGACACAUCCAAACAUCCAGAUGAACCGUUCAAAGACAUUAAACUACAACUGGAUGAGCUGAAACCUGACCCAGAUGUACAAUCGCAUCUGGAUGAUCAGAAUUCACACUCAAGCGUGAUGAAACGUCUAGAUGAACAUAUGGACUUCUUCCAGGACCUUCAGCUACAGUUAGAUCAAAAGCAAAGGCAGUCUGAGGAAAUAAAAGACUCCGACACAUUUAAACAUCCAGAUGAACCAGAUGAACUGUUCGAACACAUUAAACUACACCUGGAUGAGCUGAAACCUGACCCAGAUGUACAAUCACAUCUGGAUGAACAGAACGUGUACUCAAGCGAGGUGAGACGUCUAGAUGAACAUAUGGACUUUUUUGAAGAUCUUAAACAAACAUUGGAGAGAAAACAAAAACAGUCUGAGACCACAAAACAUCUGGACGAACCUGAAACACGGCCCGAGACCUCCAGAUGUCUGGACGAACAUUUUUGUGAGGAUCAUAAACAAAAACUAGAAGAUAAACGAGAGCAGUGUGAGGUAGUAAAAGACUCCGACACAUUUAAACUCCUGGAUGACUGGUUGGAAGAAAUGGAUCAUCUGGAUGAUCAGAAACCAGACUCAAACAUAGCAACACAUCUGGAUGAUCAGAAUUCACACUCAAGCGUGAUGAAACGUCUAGAUGAACAUAUGGACUUCUUCCAGGACCUUCAGCUACAGUUAGAUCAAAAGCAAAGGCAGUCUGAGGAAAUAAACGACUCCGACACAUUUAAACAUCCAGAUGAACCAGAUGAACCGUUCGAAGACGUUAAACUACAACUGGAUGAGCUGAAACCUGACCCAGAUGUACAAUCACAUCUGGAUGAACAGAACGUGUACUCAAGCGAGGUGAGACGUCUAGAUGAACAUAUGGACUUUUUUGAAGAUCUUAAACAAACAUUGGAGAGAAAACAAAAACAGUCUGAGACCACAAAACAUCUGGACGAACCUGAAACACGGCCCGAGACCUCCAGACGUCUGGACGAACAUUUUUGUGAGGAUCAUAAACAAAAACUAGAAGAUAAACGAGAGCAGUGUGAGGUAGUAAAAGACUCCGACACAUUUAAACUCCUGGAUGACUGGUUGGAAGAAAUGGAACAUCUGAAUGAUCAGAAACCAGACUCAAACAUAGCAACACAUCUGGAUGAUCAGAAUUCACACUCAAGCGUGAUGAAACGUCUAGAUGAACAUAUGGACUUCUUCCAGGACCUUCAGCUACAGUUAGAUCAAAAGCAAAGGCAGUCUGAGGAAAUAAAAGACUCCGACACAUUUAAACAUCCAGAUGAACCAGAUGAACCGUUCGAACACAUUAAACUACACCUGGAUGAGCUGAAACCUGACCCAGAUGUACAAUCACAUCUGGAUGAACAGAACGUGUACUCAAGCGUGAUGAAACGUCUAGAUGAACAUAUGGACUUCUUCCAGGAUCUUCAGCUACAGUUAGAUAAAGGUAAAAACAGUCGGAGGCAGCAAGAGACUCAGACACAUUCAAACAUGUGAGUCAACAGAAACGGUCUGAGAUAGUGAGACAUUAAUAUAAUGAAGGGUUGGAAGGAAUAAUACAGCAUCUGGAGGAUGUAAUGAAACAUCUAGAUUAGCUUAGAUUCCCUAAAGCUGCUCCCUUUAGACCUACCGAUGAACAGGCUCUACAGAAACGAGUGAGUGUAUUAUUAACUGUAAUAUUUAUUCAUACGAGGAGCAGUUAGCAGCAAGCUCCCCUCUCAGCAACACUUAGUGUGUAUUCAGCAUCAGUCUUUUUGCGUGGAGUUAGCAUGUUCUUCCCACGUAUUUUGGGGUUUUCUCCGGGUGCUCCGGUUUCCCCCAACAGACCAAAAAAUGUAGGUGAGUCAUGUUUAAAUUGGUACGGUACUUUUUUGUUCUCUGCUGGAAAUAUUUGACAACAUUUGUGCGGUUUUUGAGGAAGUUUGGUGCUGGAGAUCUGGGACCGCAUGGAGUUUUUGGAACAGAGCAGCAUCCAUGAAGUCUACCCAAACAAACACAUUUGUAUUUGAGAUCACUAUUUUUCAUUUUCUGGAAAAGAUGUCGACAGUUGAGCAACUUGGACAAGAACUGGAAGAAAUGAAGAAGCAACUUACUGCUACGACUGAAAACAUGAACAAAGUGCUGUCUCAACAAACCAAAUCUCAGCGUGUCAUAUUCUCCCUCGCAAGGACAGAAUUCAUCCACCUGUCACUGGAGCCAGACUUGCUGAUCGAAAGCACAAGGCUGAAAUAUUGAGACAAGCUAAAAAACAUCAAGAGCAAGUCACCCCCUGCCAGAUUCUUACUCAACUCCAACUUCAUGUUUGAAAAAUGCAACAAAUGCUGUUGCCUAGCAGGCCGAGAGGGCGGAGCCUCUAACAAAUACACACGCUCAGGACAUUGUGACAUCAAUCUGGGAUUUUCAAAAAAAAAAAAGAAUAUUAGAACCAAUAAAAACAAAGAUGUAUCUCAGUAAAAGGAGUGAGUUUAUGGAAUAGCCUCGAGGAUAGAUUAAAAAAUUCAUGCUCGUUGAAAACAUUCAAAAAGAGUUUUAAAAAUAAUGCCUUACGUAAUUACCAAGUGCACCAAAAUUAGUUUUGUCACACGUUUUAUACCUCUUGAUUGAUUUCAAUUGUUUUUGUUUUAUUCAUGUUUAUAUCUCUUGAUUGAUUUAGUUGAAAUUAGGAUGAUGCAUGUAAUAAUUGUAUUGUUUAUAUGUUUAUUUACUUUUGAUAUUUAUGACAAUGUUGAUUUUUUUUGUAAUGAAUUAAUGGGUAGGCUUAAAUAAGUUUAACUUCAGCCUUUUCGCUCAUAAAUUAUAUCUAAAGAAACAGUUUAAUUUACAAGAGGAAUUUGUACCUGUGAUAAUUAUUAUUAUGUUCUUUAUUAGAUAAUUAUUUUCCUUUUCAUGUGUUUUAUAUGUAUUUGUUAUGAUGGAAAUAAAUGAAUGAACGAAUGAAUAAUGUACCAUCUAACAUCAUAAUGUACCUCUUAGCCAAUAGCGAUGGCAGAUUUAAAUUCAAAUGCAGUGCUGAGUUUUUGCCUGACGACGGAGCAUCGCUGACAGUUUUAGGGAGAAGAUUUAAAUUUUAACUAAGAUGCACUAAAGUGCCGAAUUAUGGAGUACAUCUGUCUACAGCACAAUUGGACACUCAUUUAUAUAGUUUAUCAGGAAAAAAAAUGGUGAUUUGAAGUGACUUGCUCUUUAAAGAUACUGGUGUGUACAUCAAUGAGCACUUGACUAAGAAAAAUGCUGAAAUUGCUAAAAAUUGUCGAAGUCUCAGAAAACAGAAUACAAUUCAAUCAACAUGGUCAAGAAAUGGGAAGGUAUUAGUGCGAUUAAAUGGCUCGCCAGAGCAGGCGAAGGUGGUUGUGAUAAGAAACCUGACAGAAGUGGAGAAACAGAACUGAUGGAAAUGGUAGAAUCUCUCUCUCUUCUCUUUAUUAAAUGACAAGUUUAAAUGUUUGUAUGGAAGGUGAGAGUGACUCCUCUGAUAGUGAGGAUUCUUUAGAUGGGAAUAAUAUUGAGAAAUUAUGUUUUUAUAGUUUGGAUGAAUAUUAAUUUUGACAAUGGUACUGACCCUGAAAAAAACUUGUACAAUGAUUUUCGAGUCAAUUCUGAUUAUUAUUCAGAAAAUUUGAGUAAUGUUAAUUUGGAAGGCUUCUCUAUCAUACACUUUAACUGUAGGAGUCUGUAUGCCAAUUUUCUACGUAUCAAAGAUUAUUUAGAGUCAUUAAAACAUAAGUUUCAUGUUAUUGCUUUUGUUGGGUAAUUUUAUCAAUCCAGGAUUACCUUAGGGACAGUUUUAAUGCACGGGGGUUAUAGUAAUCAAUCAAUCAACACCAAUACCAAUCAUAAACAAUCAAUAUAGAAUAGAACAGAAUAGAAUGCCUUUAUUGUCACUACAGUAAUCCCUCGCUACUUCGCGGUUCGUUCAUCGCGGAUUUUUUCUUUGGAGCAUUUUUCAGGGGGAAUUCGCAGAUUCGCGGUAUUUUUCACUGAUUCGCGGUAUUUUUCUAUGCGAAAUAUCAAGAAAUUCUUUUUUUUUUCAUCAAUUUCAUCAUAAAAUGCACUUUUUGUAAUAAAACUAAAAAAUAAACAAGUAAAAAAAAUUUUUCUUGAGUUUUACCCACAAAAAGAGAAUGUGAUCAUACGAUAAUUCAAUAUAGUACUGUAUGUCAGACAGGUCAGCUGGAUUCGGGAGUUGAGCUUGUAGGGAGCGUGGUUUCACAGACGCGGAAGUGAGAGCGUCGGUGAAACGCCGGCUGAUCUAGGAAACCCCCGAGCGUUCGAGCGUCAACGAAGUGACACGGAAAUGCCGGGCUUUCCAGAAUCCCCCAUGGAUGUGACAGAAGAGCCACACGGUUUUCCAUUUAUCAAGGUCCUAAAACUACAGGAGCUGGGGAUGUGCUCUGUCCCGUUUGGGAAAGCAGGGCAGGAAUGGUCAGUUGAGAGCAGAUUUGCUCCAACAUUUCCCAGAUUUGGACUCGGUGGGCCAGGACAUUCUGAGGAAAAUGAAGAAGCUCUACGAGCAUCUUCUGAAAAGUGAAAUGACUUGUCAUUUAUUAUUUCCCUAUAACUAAAGUGUACUUUAAAUAAACGUACAAUGUGAGUUACAGUCGCUAUGUUUCCUAGGCUUUGACUUAACAAUAUGAUAAAAAUGUAGUAACACUAUUUUAGUAAGCCAAGAUUAAACUGUAGCUUGAUCACAGUUUUAGUUAAGUUAGUAUUUUCUCACACACAGAAGACUGAUGCUUAAUAAAAUUAUUGUAAGAAGAAAUGUCAUGUACAUCCAAUCAAAUGAACCAUUUUAACUCUUUACUACACUUUCUAAAUUAAUGUGUUUCAUUGACGAUGAAAAGCAGAGCACAAAUUACUAGACAGUAUUAUGCUUGAACAAUCUUCCCAGAUUAAUUUAUAUAUUAUAAUUCUAUUUUUGUUAUCACCAUAAAGCCCACUCUCACUGUGAAGUAACUUACACGUAGAGUGGUUGUCAGUUUUCUAAACCAUCUUAAUCAGCAAUAUUUUGUGGCUAUUGCCAAAUUUCUGAGUGUAAGACCAUGAGACAUGUCCAAUGGAGAAAAUAGCUAAAUGACCGAUGUUUAUUGCAGAUGUUGUGGUUUAGUCAAAAGAUAUAAAUAUAAAUAUAAUAUUUAAUUUGCCCGAUCAGCUUCUCUUACUGAUUUUGAACUUUCUUACGGGGAGGACCCAGCAGGUGUUGGUUAAUGGUCAGAUUUCCCUCCCAUUAAUGUCCAGCACCGGAUCUCCUCAGGGAUGCGUUCUGUCCCCCCUGUUGUUUAUCUUGUACACAGACAGCUGCAGGGUCACUCAGAACAACAGGUUCUUGGUCAAGUUUUCGGACGACACUGUUUUGAUGUCCUUACUUUCGGGAUCUGAAAUAAACCAUGGUCCCGCGCUGUCAGAUUUUGUAGAAUGGUGUGACAGUAACUACCUGGACCUGAACGUCAAAAAAACCAAGGAUAUGAUUAUUGAUUUUAGACGCUCUGCACCACCCCACCUUGGUAGUAGCAUCAUCCACGGUGAAGUGGUGGAGGUGGUUGAAGAGUACAGAUACCUUGGUUCUUGGAUUGACAACAAGCUGCGGUUUGGUACAAACACGGACUCCAUUUUUAAACGAGCUCAGCAGAGAAUCUAUCUUUUAAGGAAAUUGAACUAUUUUAACGUGAAUAAAAGGAUUCUCUGCAACUUUUAUAGCUGUUUUAUAGAAAGCAUUUUAACAUUUUCAUUUGUUUGUUGGUACAAAGCCUUGUCCAUGAAGGACAAAAAGAAGCUGCAGAGCAUUGUAAAAAUCUGCUCCAAAAUCACUGGCGCCAAACAAAGAGACUUACAGUCUCUUUGGGAGGAGAGGGCGCGAAAAAAGGCUAAAUGUAUCCUUGGUCAGCCCCUCCAUGCUCUGCACUCUGAGUUCUCUCUUAUGCCCUCAGGACGUCGUUAUUAGGUACCUUCUCGGAAAACAAACCGCUUUGCCAACUCCUUUGUUCCAUCAGCUAUUGAACUGCUUAACUCUGAGCCGGGAAGCGUGGCGCAAUAACAGCGAAGUAUCAUCGGCUUUAAGCAUGUGCCAUUUUUGGAGGGCUGCUGCUCAUCCUCUACCCUUCAUUUAGGAUGUGUUCGGCAUGUUGGUAGUGACACACAUUGUGUGAUUGUGUGAUUGUAUAAAUGGAUUGUUUGCUUGGUGAUUUUAUGAGCGAGUUAUUCUGUGUGGUAAGCUACAAAUUAAUUGCCCCAUGGGGACCAAUAAAGUUUUCUGAUUC